GGAGCUGAGCCCUCCCAGGGGAGCCAGAGAGAGCGUCCUUAGUUUCAGAUCCCAGCAACCGGUGGCAGCAGGUUAGCAUUUAAGAUGGCGGGCACGGCACGUCAUGACCGAGAGAUGGCGAUCCAGUCCAAGAGGAAGCUCACCACGGCCACCGAUCCCAUUGAAAGACUCCGACUGCAGUGCCUGGCCAGGGGCUCCGCAGGCAUCAAAGGUCUUGGCAGAGUGUUUCGAAUUAUGGAUGACAAUAACAACCGGACCCUUGAUUUCAAAGAAUUUUUGAAAGGACUAAAUGAUUAUGCUGUGGUCAUGGAAAAGGAAGAGGCAGAAGAGCUCUUCCGGAGGUUUGAUAAAGAUGGAAAUGGAACAAUAGACUUCAAUGAAUUUCUUCUCACAUUAAGACCUCCGAUGUCUAGAGCCAGGAAAGAGGUAAUUAUGCAAGCUUUUAGGAAGUUAGACAAGACCGGAGAUGGAGUUAUAACGAUUGAAGAUCUUCGUGAAGUGUAUAAUGCGAAGCACCAUCCUAAGUACCAAAAUGGAGAAUGGACCGAAGAACAAGUAUUCAGGAAGUUUCUGGAUAACUUUGAUUCACCCUAUGACAAAGAUGGAUUGGUGACCCCCGAGGAGUUUAUGAACUACUAUGCAGGGGUGAGCGCAUCCAUUGACACUGAUGUGUAUUUCAUCAUCAUGAUGAGAACUGCCUGGAAGCUCUAAAUAUUCUUCUUCCUCUUCAUAAGUGGAAUUUAUUUAUGGUUUCUCUGGAGUGUUACACAAAUCCUAACAGCCAUUGAACACGGGUGAUGGAAUUUCUGUUUCACCAAAGUUCCUGUGAGCGCCGUGGGUUUCCUGUUCCCACUCUCACUCCCAACAUGGGGUCAAGUGGCAGAUACCCAAGAUAUGCACAGGGUCAUACCCAUUACGCUGCCCAUGUAACUAUCAUUCAUCUCCAGUUUCAUUCUGCUCUAGGUCCCAUAAUAAAUUUAAGAUAGACCCUGUGACUCAGAGCUCAAGCACCUGAAAUUUGAAGCCAGACCUGAGUAUGUAGCUUGUAAUCCUGUCAUGAAAGACUUGAGUUAUUUUUUUUUUUUUUUUUUUUUUUUUUUUUUUUUUUUACCAACCUUAAAAUUUGGUGCUCAGACACUGGUAUUGAUUCUGGGAACAUCUCGAUCUUCAAUUUGAAAGGUUUGAGUUGCUUGUCUCCUAGAAACACUUAGGCCACAUGCAGAACUGAUGACAAUCAGUGCUCGGAGAGAGCCUUAGAGCAGGAAAGGAACCCAUAAUUGAGAGAAAAUGACAGAUGGCAGAGUAGUUUGCUCUUGCCAUGGUUAUAGGGAGCCCCAAAGCACUUCCACCUUGAUGGGAUAAAGUGCAACAGAAAUGCAGGGCAUUACCAAACGUCAGGCACUGACUUAAUGAGACCCAGAUCAUUCUUCUAGUUUCCAAGGGGGACUGGAAAUUAAAUUCUGUUCCACAGAUUGCAUACUUAGUCAUGCCUCAAAUCUCAUUUAGCAAUAUCAUUCAGCAUUCAUUUAUUUAAGAUUAUUUUUGAAGCUGCACAGUAAAUACCAUAAAUCACCGUUAAUUUAACUUUGCUAAUUGAGUUCAUUUAGAUAGGGUUUGAAUGAAAAUUUACUUUUGUUUCAUCUAUACUAAAGAGAAUGAGCAGGUCAGUAUAUAAAGAUUAUAGGAGCUGUGCCUACCUACGUUCAUGUGUGUUUUAUAGAUAUUUGGAGAGAUCUAUUUGCAUAUGAAUGCCAUUAGUAGGCUAGUCCUAAAAAGUUCCCACAUAUCUCAAAACCGUCCUAGGCCAAUUGUUUGAUGGCAAAGCUUUAUUUAUGCAACUGUACGUAACACAAACUAUUUUCUAGAUAUUGAGGCAUUCCUAUAUGUAAAUCCUAUCCUGACUGUAUUUUAAAUAGAAAUUGAAGCUGAAAAAACAAUGUUUUAUAAGGCACAAUUUCCAUGCCAUUUAUGCUAUAAAUUUUAAAAUAUUUUGUUUAAAAAGUUAUACAUGCUUAUAGUAGUAAGCUACAUAUGCAUUGAAAGUAAGAAUUUGUCAUAAAAGCAAUAGUUAGGAUAUUACUUCAAGGAACCAGAAAUUGAGAAGUUUUUGAGUUGCAAAAUUAGAUAUGGUUUAAAUAUAUAAUACCAACUUUGUCAUUGUUAUUUUAUCAUACCGUGCCUUGCCAUUAACAUGAUUCUGAUUUAAUAGAAUUUCUUCAAUUUAAGGCUGGAAAACAUUAACGACCCUUGUACUAAAAGAGUUCAUCUAGUUUUUAUUUCUGUUUUAAGGUCUUUCUAAAAUCUAUUUCUUCUUAAUUAGCUAACAUGUUACAUAUCAUGCUUCUUUAAAAGUUUACUUCCUAGAUGGUGCUUUUGGAUCAUUUAAAAAUGUUAUGUGUGUGAUAUUUCAGUUUCAGGUUAUGGAAUUUAUUCUUUGAAAAUGAUGAGGCCCUGUUCAAACUGUACUUGCUCAUGUUUUUAAAAGAACAAAAUGUAAUCCCCCCCCCAAAAAAAAACCACAUUAUUUUGACAGCCAAGAAUGAGAGUUUGAAAAUUUUAUGUUAACAUUCAUUUUCUUGCAGGCUUGGACUACUUCUGUCUAGUGGGCCAAGCAAGUUCCCACAAUGCUCAGCCUCUGAGUGGUGCCCCUAGGACUGUGGGCAAUAGAAUUACUCUAUGCAUUGGUAUUGAGGAAUGGGGGUGGUUAAGAGGGAUGAGAGAGAAAUGGAACCUAGGGGCUGAUUCCUGCUCUUUUACUUUCUUGUUUCCCAUUGUAGGAGGCACAGGGCCAACUAUGAAAUGCUAACAUGUAUCCUGACCAAAUUGAGAAAUUGGCCUUCUAGCACUUCUUAUAUGGCUAGUUCCUUGCCCUCUGCUAUUGAACACCAGGCAUCAUGGAUUCCUGGGUGACCAAGGAUCCUGGAAAGUUGCCCCCACUCUCUAGUUCUAUCCUUACUUAUGUGAUCAGUCUAAACUUUCCCUAAAGAGCUUUUUAUCUGUGCAUUUAUGCUGUAAAUUUCUCUAUCCUAAUGUACUAAUAAUAAUCACAGGUGCAAUCAUACAAAGGAUGCUCUAAAGUAGUGCUUUCUCAUAGAAACUUCUGUGAUGAUGGAAAUAUUCUACAUCUGUGCUCUCCAAGAUGUCAGCCACUAGCCACAUAUGGCUACUGAGCAGUUUAAAUGUGGCUAGUUCAACCAAGGAAUUCAAUUUUUCAUUAUGUUUAAUUUUAACUAGUUUAAAUUUAA